AUGGCUCCUCAGACGCGAGUGGCGUUGCAGAACGUCAGUCUCACUAUCGCUGCCAUGACCAAAACCAAGCCUGACACAUGGACACCCUUUGGCUGUCCGCACAGCUUGAGCGAGGUGCACAUAGAGCGUCUCUUUGGGCAAUAUCGAAGUUAUUCUUCUUCGGGGGACUUGAAUGCACGGUCAUUUUGGUCAUCAGCAGCGGCACAGGCUCGACAGCAGCUGUUCAAAAUGAAGACCCGAAAACGGGACAGGAAUGAUAUUGAGAAGAUUCCUGCAUUGGAUGAUCAGCAGUUUCGGGCAUGCGCAGCCAAUGUAUGGGCCUCUGCGCUUCAGUUGGCGUCCAAAUGCGCUGGGGUUCCCAAAGCCAAUCUGGAGUCAUUCUACCGCAUGGAGAGCAUGGACUUGGAGAGCGCAGAAGCAGUGAUUUGGGACGACAUGGAUGAGUUGAUUGAGGGGGCCGAGGAAGAAGAGAACCAGGCUGCUGAAGAGAAGGCAAACCAGAGCACCUUGCAUUGCAUUCUUGAUCAAGUCCGUGAUUUGGCUGUUGAGGAGCAAGUUCCUGCAGAGUCAGAAGAGGAUUUCCUCAACAACGCGGAAGCCAGUGAUCCGGACGCCAAGAUGCCAGAUGGCCAGCAGCUCAUAGAUUUGAUGUCAGGCACAAGCUCGGAUGACGCAGAGAAGGCUGACCACUUCCUGAAAGAAGGCAACUUUCCAAGAACACUGAGGGAGGUUUUGCCAUUUGGCAGAUGUUUAGCGCAAUUUUCAAGCAGACAGGGGCAGUAG